AUGAAAAUGAAAAUCGCCAAUAAUGUAGCACCCUGCCGCAAAGAGCAGCGGCCGCUGUCAUUCGACGCGACGGCCAUCAUGAAAGAGAAGAGUAAAAACGCGGCGCGCUCCAGACGUGAAAAAGAGAACUCGGAAUUCCUCGAGCUGGCGAAACUCCUUCCACUACCGUCUGCUAUCACAUCACAACUGGACAAAGCGUCCGUGAUACGAUUAACAACCAGCUACCUGAAGAUGAGGCAGGUGUUUCCUGAUGGCCUCGGAGACGCUUGGGGAGCAGCACCACCACCCCCACAACCGCGCGAGCUCUCCAUCAGGGAGCUGGGCUCGCAUCUUCUUCAAACUUUGGACGGAUUUAUCUUCGUCGUGGCACCGGAUGGGAAGAUCAUGUACAUCAGUGAGACCGCAUCGGUGCAUCUUGGACUCAGUCAGGUAGAGUUGACCGGCAACUCAAUAUACGAGUACAUUCACCAAGCAGACCACGAGGAGAUGAGCGCAGUUCUCAGCUUGCAACAUCCGCACUCUUAUUUAGGACACCAAUAUCCAAGCUUGGGAUACCCAGUCGGCGGCACGUGGGGCCCCACAGUGGACGUGGAAUGCGAGCGCGCCUUCUUCAUAAGGAUGAAGUGCGUUCUCGCAAAGAGGAACGCGGGGCUCACUACGUCCGGAUAUAAGGUCAUCCACUGUUCAGGCUACCUGAGAGCUCGAAGAUUCGGCGAGGCUACAGCGCCUCUAGGUUUGAUAGCAGUGGGACACUCGCUGCCGCCAUCUGCCGUUACAGAACUGAAACUCCACUCCAACAUGUUCAUGUUCCGGGCAUCGCUGGAUAUGAGACUCAUAUUCCUUGAUGCUAGGUAA